AGUGUAGCAGGUAGCCGUCAUCGAUACGGCACCAUAACCUAUACGUUUGCUAGAUUGUUGAACAAGUUAAGGCCAAACCUGAAAGUGAACUGAAUGUCAACAAAUACCAGACAGUGAAUUAAUUAAAGUAUUCGAUUUUAAUAGAAGUUGGCGCAUUCUAGAGAAAGAACUCGUCGUUCGAAUAUACGUAAUAUGAUGGAGCAAAACUUUAUUGAAGUAAACCAAAUCAAUGGAUUUCUCUCAUUUAUCUGGAGUAUUGAAUGGAGAGAUCCCUGGAUUAUAGCACUAUUCUCUUUCCACUUAACAAUAACAUUGAUGGCCCUAUUAACAAGGAACUAUGGAAAUCUGCAAGCACUUCUAUUCUUCUUUCUAUUGCUGUUGGUGUACUUCUCAGAAAAAAUAAACGAAAUAGCUUCCAACAAUUGGCACAUAUUUUCCAGGCAGCAAUACUUCGAUAGCAAUGGUUUGUUCAUAUCCGUGGUAUUCUCCAUGCCAAUUCUACUGAACUGCAUGCUCAUGGUGGGUCAAUGGUUAUAUCAGUCGACGCAGCUGAUGAAGAAUCUGAAACUAGCACAGCUGAAGGAAAUUAAGAGGAAAGAGAAGGGACAGCAACGUGCAAAGAGUGAUUGAAUAUGUGAUAUGAUAAGGAUUAAUUAAUUAAAAUAAUGCUUAAUUGAUUAUAAAAUAUACAUAAUAUGUAUUUUAGCUUUUCCAAUUUACGACU